CCCAAAAAUAAAAGGGCAAGGGGGGAAAGGGGGAGAGGGGAGAUUCUCGCAGAGCCCUACUUCGGCGCAUACCUAAGUCACACGGCGCGGCGAUGGGGACAGCGAUGGCAGGAAAAAAAGUUAAAACUUUGUGUAAGUGGUAUUUCAUUCACAUUCUUCAUUCUCUUCUUCUCUCUCUCCCGUUCCCUAUCCUCUUCCCCUUGCCCUCCCGCCUUGCUCCUCCUCCCGUCCCCGCGCUCUCGCCACCCUUCCGUAUUCCGUCCGGGCAAUAUUGUGGGAGGGGAGGGGGGGGGGGAGGACAGAAUAGUGGAGGCGAUGGGGUCGAGAAAGUAUGGGAGCGUCAGGAGGUAGGCUGGGGGAGACCCGAGAAGAUCAGAAAGAAAGCCAAAAAAAAAAAAAAAAAAAGGGGGGCGAUCGAUCUGUGCGUCUCCAAUGCCACCACCAACCGCCUAAGUGAAGGGAAUCUAGAAUGCGGGGAGAGCGAGAAUACAUCAUACAAAGGAAUCGAAUAGUGCGCGUAGCACCCUUGUUGUUGCUGCUCAUACCAUGAUCCGUCCUCGCGAGGAGGAAGAAAACUCGUGCCGGCAGGUCGCGUCGUUUGGUCGAGCCCAUUAAGAGGUUAAAAAGAAUUUCUUGUUCUCGAGAGCCCCCGAGUCCCCCUCCCCCCCAAAAUAAAUAAUCGGCACCCGCCGAGCUUUUCCUGCCCUU